AUUUGCAAGCACCGCAAGAGCAACGCGAUGGUACCUGAUGGGCACAAUCCCUGUUUCUGUGAGCAAAACAGCAUGCAUGGAUCUUGAAUGGAGUCUUAAAAGUCUACGCAGGAACAGCAUCUGCAUACCUUCCAGCAAGGCUAGGAAGGAAUCCACAUCGAUGAUCACCUCACAAGCAAAGUACCAUAGACUCCAUUGCAAAAGUUGAAAAAACCACGUUGCGACCUUUCGAUGCUUUGUUGAUGUGACUCCAACAUAUUUGAAUUCGUCAAAAAACUCGAGCCGUUUGUCCCCGACUGUAAGCUUCCGUAGCGCAUGUGGAAGCGGACCGAAGAUUAUGCCUUCUCUUUGAAGGACUAACAAUCAAAAAGUUCGUUGCGCACCACUCGUAAUGGAUAUAGUUUAGCCUCCUCUGUACAAUUGUUCCACAGCGACUUUAUAGAUGCCAUGACACCAAA